GAGGAGGGGCCUGAGAAAAAGAUUGGCGUGGGGCCAGCCAAUGCUGUGUAGCGGUGGCUGCUGCUCCACGUCGGCAUCGGGGCGACCAAGAUGGAGGCGCUGAUCCUGGAGCCAUCACUCUAUACAGUAAAAGCCAUCCUGAUUUUGGACAACGAUGGAGACCGAAUGUUUGCCAAGUAUUAUGAUGACACCUACCCCACAGUCAAGGAGCAGAAGACCUUUGAGAAGAAUAUUUUCAACAAGACACACCGGACAGAUAGUGAGAUUGCACUCCUGGAGGGGCUGACAGUUGUUUACAAGAGCAGCAUUGACCUGUAUUUCUAUGUCAUUGGCAGCUCCUAUGAAAAUGAGCUGAUGCUGAUGGCUGUGCUGAACUGUCUCUUUGACUCACUCAGUCAGAUGUUGAGGAAGAAUGUGGAGAAGCGAACCCUGCUGGAGAACAUGGAGGGUCUUUUCCUGGCAGUGGAUGAAAUUGUAGAUGGAGGGGUGAUUCUAGAGAGUGAUCCCCAGCAAGUGCUACAUAGAGUUGCAGUGCGGGGGGAGGAUGUUCCUCUUACAGAACAGACAGUCUCACAGGUACUGCAGUCAGCAAAGGAACAGAUCAAGUGGUCACUCCUGCGAUGAGCCACGUGGGAUCUACCCCAUUGACCUGCUGUGUCCCCAGCUGCCUCCCCACCCUGUCUGUUUCGCACUGACCAAAAUAUAACAUGACCACAUUUUUGAUGUA